AUGGAGAAGAAUGCGAUGAGGAUACUAGAAGAGAUCAAAUCUUCUGAUCUUAUCGAGAACAGGGUUCAACUACUCACGCGGCUCGCUCAGUUAGAUAUUGAAGAGACUUCUGAUGUGCCCUCUUUUGUGGACAGCCUAACAACACUCUGGGAAGACUUCACAUGCCUUGACGUUUCCCAGUGUUUGCUGAACAAGGCAAUUCUGCCUGUGGCUUCAAAAUACCUUGCUUUGGAUCGGCCUGACUGCUCUCAAUACUUUCUUGCUUUUGGCAUUAAGGUAAGCCAAUGGUGUGCAAAACAUCUAAACAUGUCUGUAAUGUCCAUGGAGGAGUCUCAAGAGGAAGAACAUUCAAACGUUUUCUUUCAGCUUCUCUUGGAUUAUCUUCGCUUUUCUGCCUCAAGCUAUACUGCUAUUGGAAAAAUAUGUUUCAUGAGUGAUGAGGCCUCAGCUGUUACAGUUCAUAAGUUUGUUUCAGAGCAGCUGAAUUGA